AUGUCAUUUACAUUUUACUCAAAGCCUACUGGACCAUUUGUGGAUUUGGUAUACGUUUGCAAACUUACGCGAGAAAUUCCACGAUGGUCUUUGCUAAAGAAACCAUGUGACUCUUCCUCUGGAAUGGCAUACGGAUAUAAAGCUUACGUAUCAUUCUCACCUGUGCCUGGAUCGCCGAAAAUCACGGUGGCCAAUAACAGAGCUGUCGGAAUGCCUUUUGGCACACGCGCUUCUUACGAAGGGCCUUGCUGCUCUGGUCAAAAGUUCCAAGGAUUUGAGCCUUGUUGUCUUUAUCGACAUGAUCCGUUUGAAUUUUACAUUCCCUCCGGGUUCUCGAAAUGGUCACAAUGGUCAGCAUGUACCGCGUCAUGUGAUGGAGGAGUUCAAACAAGAACUAGAAGUUGCACUGGAAAAUGCUCGGAUCCAGCGGAAGAAACUCGUGCUUGUGGCACUCUUCCGUGCAAUCCAACUGGUUGGUCGCAAUGGUCUGAAUGGAGCGAGUGCUCAGUCACCUGCGGUGGCGGAAAACGUCUAAGAGAUAGAACCUGUCUAGAUAUUUGCCCAAACAACCGAAACUACCACAAGGAGGCGGGAGCAUGCGCAAACGUACCCUGCUUUAUCAAAAACGUUUGGGGGGAAUGGUCUGAGUGGAGCGCUUGCUCAGCGACAUGCGCAGUUGGAAGAACCCAAAGGACGAAAGUUUGUCUUGAAGGACCUUGUUUGACGGAAUCCUCGCAGGUUGCUCCUAGCGAGUGGAGAGAAUGCAUGGAUAAGUAUUGCCACGGGUGGAGUGAAUGGAGCGAAUGGAGCGGUUGCUCGAGAGAAUGUAGUGGCGGCCACAAACUGCGGAAGAGAACCUGUGAUGGGGGAAUCGUCGGACUUCAAGGCUGUCCAGGACUCGAUGCCGAAAGAGGUGUUUGUAAUUUAGAAGAGUGUGAUCCGACCCAUGAAGAUUACUAUGACUACAAUGACUUUGGCAUACCGAUCGCAUAUGAUCCAGAAGAGCUAAAUGGAUUCCAGCAAGAUUGCCUUGAUUUCCACAACUUCUACCGUGCACUUCACAACUUACCGCCUUUGUCAUGGGACGUAGAUCUUUUUCAAUCGGCUAAACUAUGGAGCAAAGAGCUUGUGGCUCGCGCACCAGGAACCCCGAAAAAUGUUCUCAAAGGAAGGACGCCGAAUUGGCCUCACUCUUUUAUCGGUGGACAAUUUAGAGCGGCAGACGUUGGAGAGAACAUUGCAUGGGACUUGAGCAAGGAUGGUGCAGCUUGCCGCGAUUCGGUCAGUCGCUGUAAUAAUGAAACUCUCCAAGGUACUUAUCCGAAAUACCUUCGAUCGGGGUAUACGGUUUGCCAUUAUGGUCCUCAAGGAAAUAUUGUGGAGACAAUGCUGGACAAUUGGAGCGACCGUAACCCAGACUAUUGCUCGACCUACGAUAACGAAAGAGGAACGAACCAAUGUGCUAAUUCCGGAAAUUGUCAGGGUCUUGACGUCUCCACUCGUUGCGGCUGUUGGGAGCCUGCUGGUCUAAACCCUGGCGAGUGUAUCGGAAUUUGGGCGCCAAAUCAUGAAGAAUGGAUCGAGACGCAAUUUGCCGCUGCCAAAGCUGGCCUUAUCCUCGUGAAUGUUAACCCAUCGUACAAAUCUGCCGAGCUAGCCUACGUUUUGCACAUGUGCAAAAUUCGCGCCCUUGUUUCUGACACUUUCUACAACCGACAGCCAUACGAAGAGAUCCUGACAAAAACACUGAAAGAAAACCCACAAUUAUCGGAUCAGCUUAAGUUCGUAGCAUUCAUUGGACAGAAUUUUUCCGGACUUGCAAACGUGCCGACGUUUUCAUUCGACAACUUUCGAGCUGACCAGGACUCUUCUUAUCUCAAUGAAGUUGAAAAUAUCAUCCAGUCUUUGGAUAGCGAAGACCCCGUAAAUGUUCAGUUUACAUCUGGGACGACAGGAAGCCCAAAAGGUGCAACUCUUAGUCAUCAUAAUGUGCUCAACAAUGCCAUCCAGGCAAGCUCCUCGGAGCGAAUUCAAUCCACAGAAAACGACGUGAUUCUCGUCAACACGCCUUUCUACCACUGUUUCGGUUGCGUGAUGGCCAAUCUAUUCAUGCUCACUCGCGGAUGCAAGCUAGUCAUUCCAGCGCCGACCUUCAACGCCGAUGUCGGUCUCGAAGCCGCCCAGACCGAAGGCGCAACAGUCUGGUACGGGACGCCAACGAUGUUCGUUGAUUUGCUAGCUUCUCCGUUACGUUCUACGUUCGUCGCGCCGAAGGGGGGAAUUAGAGGCCUCAUGGCUGGUGCAGUUUGUCCCGAACAGCUUCUCAGAGAUCUCGACGAAUAUUACAGCUGCAAAGUCUUCGUCGCUUAUGGAACAACUGAAAACUCUCCAAUCACGUUUAUGACUACUGCGCAAAGCACUUUUCAGCAACGGACAACGACAGUCGGAUGUGUGAUGCCGCAUACAGAAGCAAAGCUAGUAGAGCCUGAGACAGGACGAACAGUCGAAAUGGGAGAAACAGGAGAAAUGUGCAUUCGUGGUCCUUGCGUGUUCAAAGGCUAUUUCAAUGAACCAGAGAAGACUGCGGAAGUGGUAGACAAAGAUGGUUGGUAUCACACUGGCGAUUUGGCUACGAUGGACGAAAGUGGUUACGCAAAGAUUGUGGGAAGAAGCAAAGACAUGAUCAUCCGAGGGGGAGAAAAUAUCUACCCGGCGGAGGUGGAGGCUUUUCUGCUCAAGCACCCAGCCAUUGCUGAUGCACAAGUGGUCGGGGUCCCGAGUAAAAGGCUAGGAGAAGAAGUGGCCGUUUACGUUCGACUUGUAAACGGGGCUGAAUUAACUGCUCAAGAGUUGCGUCAGUUUGGCCUGGCAAAUAUGACACACUGGAAAGUGCCGAAAUAUGUCAAAUUUGUCGAAGAAUACCCCUUGACUGUUACUGGCAAAAUUCGAAAAGUUGAACUGCGAGAACAAGCAAAAACUGACUUUGAGCUCGAUGUUUGA